AUGGAGAACGAGUUCUGCAACGCCUUUGCAACUCCAAUGACUGUGACUCAGAGUACGAUGCUAGAAAAUGAAACGGGCCCUACGCAAAAACCGCCUAAGCUUAUGAUUAAGGACAAUGGACAGAAGGUUGAUAUUAAAGAUUUAAGUGUUGAUGAGAAAAAGAAAUACAAAAAUGAAAAGAUGAUGGAUGAAAGAUUGCUAGAAGGUUUUAGCUGGGACAAAUAUUGUCCGGAUGAAGAGAUCUUAAAGGCUAAAGCUUUUGUUGCUAAAAUCGUUGAAGACAGUGCUGAUGAUAAUUCGUAUUGGGCAGAUAGUAUGAAAGAGCACUUAAAAUAUCUAGCCGAGAGAGAUGCUGAAAAGGCUCGAAUGGCAAAGAAGAAGGUUGAAAAACAAGAUGAUCGUGAUGAUGAUAAUUCGUAUUAUGCAGAAAGAAUGAAAGAGCAUUUAAAAUUUCUAGACGAAAGAGAUAAAGAAAGAAGGAAAGAUAAGAAUGAUGAAGAAGAGGUUCGUGUGAUAAAGAAGCAGGACAAAGAAAUUCCAGCUUUCGAGAUUAAAAAGGAAGCUGAUGCAGAAAAGAUGAUUUAUCCUACAGUUGAAGGCAUGAAAGCGUUUGAAGAAGAAACAUCUGAAGUGAAGAAGUUCGAAACAAAAGAAGAUACUGAAGUGAAGAAUUCUGAGAUUGUGCAGGCAGAAGCAGCCGGGUUGUAG